AUGUACUCGUUACCAGCAGUUUCUGCUGGAAUCAUAAUCAUGAUGGCUGGACAAAUAUAUGCUGCCGCCAUCCGUAGAUUCCCUGCUGGCAGGGGAACGUCUGCGGACACCUCCGACCCACUCUCCGACGUCGACUUCUAUUUUCCUUUCAAGGAUUUACAGAGCCAGAUCCAAUCGGCAAAUAUCCUAUGUCCCGCACCGGGUGGACCAUAUGAUACGGCACUGUCACUGAUCACUACGAAUUGUCCUUCGAGCGGAACCGAUAACGUUCCAAUCAACCCAUGUUGCACACAGGAUAUGCUGAAGGAUUUGGCGGGGGCAGUCGGGUGUGUGCAAGGUAGUGACACGUCGUUAGCAUCUUCUAUGCAAUCUGCCACGAAAGAUUUCAUUCAGCAAUGUCAGCAAGCCGGGGUCAAUGGGUUAUCUGAUCCUUUCUCUAUCUCGAGUAGUGUUGGGGCCUCAUUUACGUCAAUAGCCUCCCCCUCUUCGAUAAUCACACCUACCAAGAGCGCGACUUCGACGAUUUCCACGCCCUCAUCCUCCUCUCCCUCUAUUUCCGUUGACCGUCCCUCGACCUCUUUUGCUCCAUCCUCAUCUUCUAGUUUCUCAAGCACUUCACCCACUUCCCAGUCGUCAUCUGCAAUUAAGACUAUACCAUUUGGUCCUUCAAGCGGUAGUCUGGGUGCAAUAGCAGUGAUUCUGGUGACAAUGCUAGUAACGUUGAUUCAUCCCUAA